UACUACAAUGUGUUAGUUCCACAAUGCAUAGGGAAAUGCCGGAUACAUAUUGGAAACAGAAGUGUUUACAUGCAGCAUGUAUAGUUUGUACCGCUACUAAGAUUUUCCGUGCUGAGACGAAUUUGCAUGCUUUAUUUUGCAGCUAUUAAAAAUAUAGUGUUUCGAGGAUCUUAGCUGCUUUCUAGUAUGUAUUCAUUGCUUAGUAAAACAGAAAAUGCUCACGAAGACAGUAUCUGGACCUGUGCUUGGGGCUGCCCAAAGAAUAAAAAGGAGAUAAUACCACCAGACAAUGAAGAUUCGCGUGAUUCGAUGCGAUCCAAUGAAGAAGAAAUCGUGGAAUACAUAGUAACUGGAUCUGUGGAUGACACUGUCAAAGUUUGGGAAUAUAAAGAAAAAUCUGUACAGUUGAAACAGAAACAUAAGUUAACUGGUCAUUCCCUGGGUGUAUUAUCUGUCGCAGUAAGUUCAGAUGGCUCGAAGUGCGCGUCAAGCUCUUUGGACUCUAGUUUGAAGUUAUGGGAUUUGGAAACAGGAGAGAAGAUAUCGAGCAUCCAAGUAGGUCCUGUAGAUAUUUGGACAGUAGUGUUUUCUCCAGACGAUAAGUUCAUUGUGUCUGGCAGUCAUUCUGGUAAAAUUCAUUUGUAUGGAACAGAAAGUGGUAAACGAGAACAAACUUUGGAUACCAGAGGUGGAAAAUUUACAUUGAGUGUUGCCUAUAGUCCUGAUGGUAAAUAUAUUGCCAGUGGUGCUAUAGAUGGAAUUAUCAACAUAUUUGAUGUUACCUAUGGAAAAGUAUUACGUACACUGGAAGGUCAUGCUAUGCCUAUUAGGUCCCUCUGCUUUUCACCAGACUCUCAGCUGCUUCUUACCGCAUCGGCUGAUGGACAUAUGAAACUGUACGAUGUGAAAGAUGCUAAUUUAGCUGGCACAAUGUCAGGUCAUGCUUCAUGGGUACUAGGUGUUGCCUUUGCUCCAGAUGGUAAACAAUUUGCAUCUAGUAGCUCUGAUCAUACGGUUAAAAUCUGGGAAUUAGCGCAACGGCAGUGCCUACAUACUUUCGGUGAACAUAACGAUCAGGUAUGGGCCGUGAAGUACAGUCCUCUGAGAAACGAUGUACUUGUAUCUGUAUCUGAUGACAAAUCCAUUAAUUUAUACAAAUGCCCGAAAUACGAUAAAUAAAUGUUUUAUAAGGGUAGAUUAAUAAA